AUGGCUGGCCCCGAACACAGACUCAACCUUCUCAAUGAACACACCGAGAAGCAUUUCACCGCCAGCCAUGUUGUCCGAGACAUCAUCAUCGGUGUCUCCGACGGACUCACCGCCCCUUUCGCCCUCACUGCCGGCCUCUCUGGCGCCAACGUCACCUCUUCCAUAGUCCUCACAGCCGGCAUAGCUGAAGUAGCCGCCGGCGCCAUCUCCAUGGGUCUUGGAGGUUAUUUGGCAGCAAAAAGUGAAGUUGAUCACUACAAUAGAGAAUUGAAAAGGGAACAAGAAGAAAUCAUUGAUGUACCAGAGACUGAAGCGGCAGAGGUGGGAAAAAUAUUGGCUGAAUAUGGAAUACAGAAACAUGUAUAUGAACCUGUGGUGAAGGCUCUCACAAAGAAUCCUCAAGCAUGGCUUGAUUUCAUGAUGAAAUUUGAGCUGGGAUUAGAGAAGCCAGAUCCAAAGAGAGCAUUGUAUAGCGCAAUGACAAUUGCCAUUGGUUACAUAUUGGCAGGACUUGUUCCUCUCCUUCCUUACAUGUUCAUUCAAAACACAAGUCAGGCUGUUAUGUUUUCAGUACUUGUUACAUUGAUUGCAUUGCUUAUUUUUGGCUUUGUCAAGGGAUACUUCACUGGAAAUAAACCUAUCAAAAGUGCUUUAGAAACUGCUCUUAUUGGUGCGAUUGCCUCUGCUACUGCUUUUGGUUUGGCAAAGGCUCUCCAUACAUAG